AUUUUUGACCGUUUUAUUUUUUCUGAACGGAUGUGCAAUCACACAUUAUUUUUUCGUUAUAUUUUGACGGUUUUUGUUCUUUAACUGUACAUAUCUGAAAUAAAAUUGAAAUAUAUUUGAAAGUUCCUCAUUCAUCUUUUGAGUUUUCGUUUUGAAUUUACAUUCUCUUUAGUGAAGUUGAUUUUUAAAUUCAUCAAGCAUGGACCAAUGGAUUCGUGAACAACAGUACAAAAAUAAAGGUAUAUGCGGAAUGAAGUUGUUAGAAACAAGGAGAAGUGCUUCUCAAAUCAACAGAAAACAACAACGAAAUAUUUUAUUGGAAAAAUUUCGAAAUAUACCCGAAAAUAUGUCUCCAAUAAACUCUCCUUUAGUAUCUAAAACUAAAGAAGUACAAGAGGAAAAGCCAAAUACUAAAAAAACAGUUGGUAAUAGUAAACGAUUAGAAAUGUUGAAGAAGUGGAAGGAAGAAAGGGAGAAAAAAAAAAUAGAAGCCAAAAGACAAACUAAACCGGUUUUCAAAGUUUAUCAUGUUGAACACAAAGAUACUUUGGAUAAAAAUUAUGAAAAUAUUAAAGGAAAAAAAUCAAUUAAAACAAAAGAAAACGCCCCGAUCAAAUCGUUCGUCAAAAAUGAAAUUUCAGAGAAUGGUACUGGUAGAAAAGUUCCCUCUGGUCGUUCUGAGAAUACUAAAAUAUCAAGAAGUACUUCAAAAAAGCCAAAUGCUGAAAGUUUUAGUAGUUCUACAAACCAAAAAAGUAAAACUAAUCUAGGAAAGAAACAAGAAAAUAAGACUAAGGUUCAAAUUGGACAAAAAUCACUUAAUAAUAAAAUAAUCUCUAACAAUCAACAAAAAAGCCCCAAAAAAAAAUCUGAUUCUAAAUUACCAGAUCAAGUAAGUGUUGAUGAUAAAAAAUUAAUCAAGAGAGAACAAUUGAGUGCUCUGAAAAAAUCUAAAAUAAAGAAUAAGAAACUGAACAGUCCACAAAGUAAACCAAUGGUUGAGAAUAAAGAUCAAGUCAGUGAUGACUUGAACUCUUCAUCAUCUGAGCAAAAAAAAUUAUACCAAGAGAAUUCUUCAGAUAUGAAUGGCCAAGAAGAAAAAGACAAGUCAAUAAUAAAAAGAAGAUCUUGCAGAAAAAGUAAAGUUGAACCCCUUCAAGAUGAGGAAACUAAUAUUCCUGAGGGUAAUUAUGAUUUAACCACUGUAGGCCAAGUUAAAACUAAUUGUGAAAGUUGGAAAGUGGAAACCGAUUCUGAAGGAGAAGAAAAAACUAUGAAGGUUCAAGAAUUGAAAAAGAAUAUUAAUAAGACUGAGUUAAUACAGGAAGACUCGAGUGAAUUAUCCUUCUCAAUUGACAGAUCAACUAGGCAACAAGAUGAAAAGAAAACACCACGUAAAAGUACAAGAUUUGCAAAUAACGAUGAUAAUCAAAAAGAAUUAAUGUCUUCAAAUACAUCACAGAGAAAAAAAAAGCAUCCUGAAACACCUUUUCGAAAAUCUUCAAAAAAAUCCAUGGGCGAUAAUAGUGCUGACACAAAUGUUGAUGCUUUUUCAACGCCGCAAAAGGAGCCUGAGGAAAUCUGUUAUAUCAGUCCAUUUGUUACAGUAAGUCGGGGAAAAACCGCUGCCCGAAAAGAGUUUCAACAGAGGAAAUCUCUCAAUGGCUCAAUGUUUAAUACAUCUGUAUCAGAACUAAGAAGCCCAAAAGCGGCAGCCGGUUAUUUCACACAUAAGCUAAACAAAGAAAUUGCAAGAAUUCAGGAUUUAUGCAAUACAUGGCAGAAAUAUAAGGAUGAUGGUAAUCUAUCUGAAGAUGCCUGCGGUGUUAUUGAUAUGACCAUUGGCCAGUCCAACUUACUGAUCUCGAAAAAGUUCAAUCAAUUUCGUAGUUUGAUUGAGAGAUGCCUAGCAAAUGAUGAACUGGAUAUGAAGAUUGAAUGCGAGGACCUCCAUGGAUUUUGGGAUAUGAUGUAUAAACAAGUAUCUGAUGUGGACAAAAGAUUUGAAAAUUUAGAAUAUAUGAAACAAAAUAACUGGCUGGAAGAGGCACCUAAAAUAAAAACACCCAAAGUAGCUGUCAAGGGAAAAAAGAAGGGUAAAGCUAAAACGAAUUCUAAGGCCUCUUCAAUGUUGAAGGAGACAAUAUUAGCUGCAAGAAGAAAUCGGGAAAAACAAGCAAAAUCGGAAGGUGACAUAGAAAUAUUAAUCGUUGGAAAAGAGAGAACUCCUAGGAGAAAGUCCACGGUAUCAUCCACCCCAGGUAAAGGAAUUUUGAAAUCAAGUAAUGUCAAAUCAGAAAAGAGAAAAACCGUUGUUUUCCAUAAUCUAAGAGAAAGUUUAGGCAGUGCUACAAAAUCUCCUGUUUCACCUCAAAUAAAUAGAACUCCAGUUCAAACAAGAAGAUCUGCAAGGUUAUCUUUAAAUAGGAGCAAGUUAGUUUUUGAAUAAUUUAUUAUGUUUAUUGUGUAUAUUUGAUCUUUAAUCAGUUUUUGAAUAGAUUUUAAUUCACAAAAUAUA